UCUUGUAAUCUAUAUAGCCAAACAAACCAAGCAGCAUUAUAAUAGAGAGAGGACACAAAGUGAAAGAGAAGGGAGCUAUAGCCAUAAGGAGAAAAACUUUCAAAGAGGUGAAAGCAAAAGAGUUCUUCUUUUCCUUUUUUAUAUAUACUUGGGUGCUAAGCUGUGUGAGUUCAUUGACAAGCCUGAAAUGGCAACUAUGCUGACAAAGGAGCAUGGUCUGAACCUCAAGGAGACCGAGCUUUGCCUCGGUUUGCCUGGUGGGGGAGGCGGCGGCGGCGGCGGCGGUGGUGAGGUGGAAACUCCAAGGGCCACUGGGAAGAGAGGGUUCUCUGAGACUGUUGAUCUGAAACUUAAUCUUCAUUCCAAGGAAGAUCUGAAUGAGAAUCUGAAGAAUGUCUCAAAGGAGAAGACCCUCCUUAAGGAUCCUGCCAAGCCACCGGCUAAGGCUCAAGUGGUUGGUUGGCCACCAGUGAGGUCAUACAGGAAGAACAUGAUGGCAGUACAAAAGGUUAGCACUGAGGAUGUGGCAGAGAAGACAACAAGCAGCACUGCUAAUUCUGGGGCAUUUGUCAAGGUUUCCAUGGAUGGAGCACCUUACCUGCGCAAGGUGGACCUCACAAUGUACAAAAGCUACAAAGAGUUAUCUGAUGCCUUGGCCAAAAUGUUCAGCUCCUUCACCAUGGGUAACUAUGGGGCCCAAGGAAUGAUAGACUUCAUGAAUGAGAGCAAGUUGAUGGAUCUUCUUAACAGCUCUGAGUAUGUGCCAAGCUAUGAAGAUAAGGAUGGUGACUGGAUGCUCGUGGGUGAUGUCCCAUGGGAGAUGUUUGUUGAGUCAUGCAAGCGUCUGCGAAUAAUGAAGGGAUCAGAAGCGAUUGGGCUUGCGCCAAGAGCAAUGGAAAAAUGCAAAAGCAGAAGCUGAAGCGGGCCUAAUACAAUGUUCAAUGAAAUCCCGUACCAAAGUGGACCUAUAUAUAUAUAUAUAUAUAUAUGAAGCACUUCAGCGAGACUAUGGAGCGGAGUGUUGUUAGCUUGAAUGUGUCUGGUGUUUUUUGUUUUGUUCGUAUAUAGAUUCAACUUUUAAUUUUAAGGAGCCGAUCGAUGGGGCAUUUGUAAUGGACAAGAAGCAAUAAACUUAACCUAUAUAGUCUGGCUUGUUUAUUAUGUGAUCCUUCCAUGCUGUCAUGAUUGUUGUGUGCUAAAAUACCUUGAAUUUUAAUUCAUACUUUAUUCCCUCAA